AUGGCCGAAAUACCCAAGGCUCGCAACCUGACUGCGCCUACACCACAGAACACGCCUGCAUCUAAUGCGCCGAUUUCCUCACACGCCACUGCCCCUAACGUGAGCUCGAUUGCUGAGGAGGAUCUCGAUCGUGUUGCCGCCGCCUCGUUAUUUGCAAAGAACCCCGCUCUUGUCUCGAUGAUGCAGCAAAAGCUCGGUUCCCUCAAGGACCACGCCAAAUUGGAAUCGGAAUUCCAAGAAGAAGUCCUCCAGCUGGAGAAGAAAUACUUUGCCAAAUUCACUCCGCUUUACGAAAAGCGUGCUGCCAUCGUCAACGGCGAGGCGGAGCCUACAGAAGAAGAGGUCGAGGCCGGUAAGGCCGAUGAGGAGGAGGAAGAGCCCGAAGAAGAUGCAGACAAGGAGGAGAAGACAAGUGCAGAGGACAUGAAGGGCAUCCCGGAAUUCUGGCUCUCUGCCAUGAAGAACCAGAUCUCGCUUGCCGAGCUUAUCACGGACCGAGACGAAGAAGCUCUCCGCGCCUUGACCGACAUCCGCAUGGAAUACCUCGACCGCCCCGGUUUCCGCUUGAUCUUCGAGUUCGCUCCCAAUGAUUUCUUCACUAACAAGACCAUUUCAAAAACAUACUACUAUCGAGAGGAGAGCGGCUACGGGGGCGACUUCAUCUACGACCACGCCGAGGGCGAUCAUAUCGACUGGAAAGCGGGCAAGGAUCUUACUGUCCGCGUGGAGAGCAAGAAGCAGAGAAACAAGAACACCAAGCAGACCCGGGUCAUCAAGAAGACCGUCCCUACCGAAUCCUUCUUUAACUUUUUCUCGCCACCUGCUGCUCCGACGGAGGACGACGAGGUUGCCUCAGACAUCGAAGAACGACUCGAACUUGAUUAUCAACUGGGCGAGGACAUCAAAGAGAAACUCAUUCCCCGUGCCAUUGACUGGUUUACUGGCGAAGCUUUGGCCUACGAGGAAUUCGAGGAUGCCGAAGAAGGCGAGUUCGACGACGAAGAUGAUGAGGAUGAUGAGGAUGAGGAAGAAGCCGAGUCUGACGAAGACGACGAGGAGGAAGGCGGAAAGCCUCGGUCUCAACAAACCUCAGAGUGUAAGAACCAGUAA